AUGAAGCAGGUGUCCAACAUGGCGAACACGAGCAACGGAUCUUUCACUACUCUCCUCCUCCUCUUCACCAUUUCGGCAGCAAUCCUUACAGAAGAAAGUCAUGUACAUCUGGGAUGGCUUGAGGGAGCUGCUCAGGACCCAGUCCAAAGCCAGAACCUUGUAACGGACAACGUUUCAGUGGUGGAAGGGGAGACAGCCACAAUCAGCUGUCGAGUCAAAAACAACGACGACUCCGUCAUCCAGCUCCUCAAUCCCAACAGACAGACCAUUUACUUCAGAGACGUCAGACCCCUGAAAGAUGCUCGAUUCCAGCUGGUCAACUUCUCAGACAAUGAGCUGCGUGUGGCGCUAUCCAACGUGUCUCUAUCAGAUGAGGGUCGAUACGUGUGCCAGCUCUAUACAGACCCCCCACAGGAAGCCUACGCUGACAUCACUGUGUUAGUCCCACCAGGAAACCCAAUCAUAGAGUCCCGCGAGGAGAUCGUAAGCGAGGGCAACGAGACAGAGAUGAGCUGCACCUCCAUGGGCAGCAAACCUGCCGCAGCCAUCAGAUGGAUGAAAGGAGACAAAGAGCUGCAGGGUAAGUCUAAUGUGGAGCUCACGUACGAUAGGAUGUACACUGUGACAAGUUUGCUGAGGUUUACCGUCACAAGAGAGGAUGAUGGGGUUCCUGUUUUCUGCAUUGUGGACCAUCCAGCAGUCAAAGACUUCCAGGCCCAGAUGUACUUAGAAGUACAAUAUAAACCUGAGGUGAAGAUCGUGGUGGAGUUUCCGGCAGGCCUUACUAGGGAGGGCGAGAAUCUGGAACUGACAUGCCGAACUAAAGGCAAACCAGAGCCUCGACAGGUGAAUUGGGUCAAGGUGGAUGAUGACGUGCCCUUACACGCAGUCAUCACUGGCUCAGAUCUCUUCAUUGAGAACCUCAACAAGUCCUACAACGGCACUUACCGAUGUGUGGCUUCCAACUCAGUGGGCGAAUCGUAUGAUGACUACAUUCUAUAUGUGUACGAUGCCCCUACCACAUCCCCUAAACCCACAACCACCACCACCACCACCACCACCAUCUCUGCCACUACUCCCCCUCCAGACAUCAUACAAGAAGCUGCGCCCAGCACUGAAGCCGCAGCUCACGACUCUCGAGCAGGAACAGAAGCACAGAGAUCGGUGGACCAUGCAGUUAUUGGAGGAGUGGUGGCCGUUGUGGUCUUUGCCAUGUUGUGUCUUCUCAUUGUUUUGGGGCGAUACUUCGCAAGACACAAAGGCACCUACUUCACACACGAAGCCAAGGGAGCGGACGACGCUGCGGACGCCGACACAGCCAUCAUCAAUGCCGAGGGGGGGCACAACAACUCGGACGAGAAGAAAGAGUACUACAUCUGAGACCAGAUGCCUCUGUUGCUGAUUUUUUUCAUCAUUUGGUGGGUGGAAGGGAGGGUGGGACAUGGGGCAUUUGAAAUGAGGAAGUGUUUUUUUUGUUUAUCUAUUUGUUUGAUUUUCCCGGGGGGAUUGAAUGAUGUAGAAUGCUACCCGGGCAGCUGAGAAGAUGUAGGUAUUUGUGUUACACAGGUCAGGGGUGGGUUGUUUUGAGGGUGGGCAGCCUACCAGACGUUGCCAGAAAUUAGUGUAGAAAGCGUCACCACAAAGCACUUCCCCAACUUCUGGUAUUUUUCUUCAUUUUUCAACCAUUUGCAGAAAAUUCUGUGCCUUGUUCUGAAUUUUUUUUCUUAGUCAUGCUUUAAACCUUCUCUACCAUGCCACACCACCCAAGCCCCCCUCCCUAAACACGCACACACAUACCCAUCUUUAAUUAUCAACCUCCUGUUGGCUUUCCUAUGAAGGUACACGAGGGCAAGUAUAUAUGGCACCUCCCUACACUGUGGGCAUUUCUUUCCUCUCCAUCAAAAUGUCAUAUCCUCUGUACAAUGAGCAGGCCUAAUCACAUGACAGCAUUUUAAUUUUCUCGACCCUAAAGAUAGCUCCAGGACACACAGCAUCUGAUGCCUUUAGCAUCGCAUGGGAAGUUCCUCCCUUCCUUCCUACCCAUCCCCCAACAAUCUGAUGAGACCGGUAAAGAAUUGAUCCUGAACACUGCAUCUGUUUUCAUUCUGACAGGCUGCGUCUGCACUGCUGUAGAAUGCUUUUAUCCUCUGUUUACUUCAUUAGUUUUUUUCAAAAUUAUAUGUGCCAGUACAUUUGAAGCAUCACUGCUGAUCAGAAUAAGUAUAGGUGCAGACAAAUGAUUCUGUUGACUGUCAACGAUGCACUUACAGAGUCUUAUUGUCCCGUUCUGCCCAGCUGAAAGCCCUAGCAGGUAUUUAUUGUUUUGGUGUAAUGAUGUCUUUGACAGGCAUUUUCAUCCAGAAAUUUUUCUCAAAUCACUGAAAAAAAGGUGUAAAUGCCGUCACUUAUGUUUGUUAGUUUAUCUUUGUCUUUAUCUGUCAUUUUCCCAGACUGGUGAAGGUGAUCCUUGAGCACACAUAAAUGACUACCUAAAAUUGUGUCAAAGCAAGCUGUUUUAUAUUUUAAAGUCUGGUUUCAACAGGCUCUAGGGUAUAAAGAGGGGAAAGAUUUGAUUAUAAUAACGUUACUACCUUAAAAUGCAUUUUAACAGCCAAAAAACAUCUCCAUAUGUGUCUCUCAAUUGUAGGCAAGUCAGUGAGGAUGUGACAUUGAUGUUAAGCAGUCCAACAAGUGUGUAAUGGCAUAUGAUUGCCUGUCAAGUUAAUUGUCUGUUUCUUCUUCCUCGGAUGAAACUGUGGCAAUUGAAGCUUAUCCUAGUGGAAUUUGUAUUUGAAUAUAAACUGCCCAAUAUCAAAGACUCCAUUGUGCAAAAUACAAACAAACCACUGCACAGAAAUAAUUUUGACUUGAAGUGUAAACAAUGUGCGUUUUAUUGUUUAUAAUUGCUGUGAGUUGCUCCUCCGGGUUCCUGUUUAUAAUCGUUUUGGGCUUGAAAUGAGGUUAGUUUAAAUUUGAGAGAGUGUCCCUGAAGCAAACACUCCUCUAUUACCAAUAAAUAAAAAUAAUUGCAAAAGCUUUUAAUAACAUUCCAAAUAUUUUAGUAAAAUUACUGUCUAUGAUGUAAUUAGCUAUGUGGAUUUCCCCUGCAUUUACAGUCAUCAACACAUGAUGCUAACCAAACAACUCUAGCGACACGCUCAAGUAUCCAUGCCGUCUUCGCUCCUGUGAACACAUUAGACAUUUCGCUGAAGCCUAGCUACAAAUGUAGACCAGGAACUGCACCCUAUUAAGGGUACAUUAUGUAAGGUGGCUAAAAUGUCUAAACUAAUUUUCCUAAAGAGAAUUAUUUCAUUUCAUUUUCUCAUUGCUAUCUCUCUCUCUCUGUAGUGGAGAUGAAUUUAGAUGCCAUAGAUUAGGCACCAACCUCUGUGUAAAUAGAACUAUGAGGUUAAGGGGGAAAACAUUGUUGUUUGCAUUAUUUUCUUAUUUAAAACAAGGAACAUCCACUGAGACGUUUUAGAGUAUGUGCAUUAUCCAUAUGAAAUACUUUCAAUGUGUUUUAUUUUAUAGAUUUUUUUUUAUGUAGAAUACCAAUCAGAGGGAAUGUCUUGCAGCUUGAUGGUAACCGUUGCAGUUGAGAUAUACAGUUGUGUGGCUUGUGCUUAACUAGUGAGCAUCAUUUAGCUUUGGUCUGGCAGCUUCUGAACAAGAGUUCAGAUAUCUCUUCUCUUUUGCAUAUGUGAGAGACAUGACAUCAGUAUACUAAUUUGUGGUAUUUAGACUGGACUGAUAUACAUUUUGUUGAACUUGUUAUGUUAGACCUGUUUUAAAUGUGAUCGUGGUUUUAAGCAGUAACCACCCGAAUAGUUUUUUGAGGACUUUAAGACAGAUUUUUGGUGAGAAUACACGGUUACCCUAGUGAUUUUGAAACAUCUAUUUUGUUGUCUGUCUCUUGUACAGCAAGUUGGAAGAGGUUGAAUUGAAAGUGUUCAAAUAUAACUGCUUGUUUUUGAGAUGAGAAAGUAAUUUCAUUUGUUUUAUUUGAACUUGACACAGUUUCGUUUCAGCCCUGUCUCAGGUUCAUAUACAAUUUGAAGGUCUGUUUGCAUCUCAGGUAGAAUGCAAAGUUACGACCCCCGAUUAAGGAAGCGAAUCGAGUUGGAUCUCAAAACAAACACUGAAUUUUGCAUUUGGACUCUAUACAUGUGUUAUGCAUUUUGUUUUUGUUUAUUUGGUGCCCUGUACAACAUGUGUACAUAAUGUUCACACUAUGUUGAGUAUUACGGUACCUUUUAAUGCCUACUUCACAAACUGUAGAAAGAACAGGAAAGUGCAAACACAGUUAACAAGUUGACAUGUUUCUCAUUUUUAUUCCAGAUGGGUUGGAAUUCUUGAAAGUUCUGAAAGUUUAUCACUCACUGUUUUUAGGUUGAUUAUUUUUGUCUUUUUGCUGUACUUGGGCAAUGUUACUGUGUAUUAAUGAAGAAAAAUGAUAUCCACAUUCCCAUACACAUUUUGUAUUCAUUCAUAUUAGACAUUUUUACAAAAUAAAAAUACAAAUGGAGAGUUCUUGUCUUAAUAAAAAGAAAAGAUAUUAAUGU